CGGGCGGCGGGGCCCGGGGAUGGCGAUAGACCGGCGGCGCGAGGCGAGGGGCGGCGAGGGCGGCGGGGGCCGGUAUCAGCCCCCUCCGGAGGAGAACGGGGCCCUGCCGGCCGGGGGGGCCGGGGGGGGCGGGGGGUCCCCGGCGGGGGGCGGCGCGGGGCCCAGCGCGCUGCUCGUGGACUACGACGCGUCCGUGCUGCCCCUGCUCGGCGGGCUGGGCGGCGGCUACCAGAAGACGCUCGUGCUGCUCACCUGGAUCCCCGCGCUCUUCAUCGGCUUCAGCCAGUACUCGGACUCCUUCCUGCUGGCCCAGCCGGACUACUGGUGCCGGGGGGCCCGCCGGGGGUCCGCCGCCGCCGCCGCCGCCCCCCUCCCCGCCAACUGGACCGGCCCGCCCCCAACCUGGGGACCCCCGCCGACGGGCCCGGCCCCCGCCCCCGACGGCCGCCCCCGCGCCCGAGACGCCGCGGCCCGCCCCGACGGCCACACGGUGCCCCUGCCGCCGCCCGCCCCGGACCACCACGGGGACGGGGACGGGGACGGGGACGGGGAGGGGGACGAGGACGCCGCCGCCGCCGCCGCCUCCAACUCCACCGACUGCCAGUGCCACCAGUGGCACUACCGCAUCCGAGCCGGCCUCGUCCAAAAUGUGGUCAGCAAGUGGGAUCUUGUAUGUGAUUCAGCCUGGAAGGUUCAUAUCGCUAAAUUCUCCUUGCUGGUUGGACUAAUUUUUGGCUAUCUGGUAACAGGAUGUAUUGCUGACUGGUUUGGUCGGCGUCCUGUGCUGUUGUUUUCCAUCAUAUUCAUUUUGGUCUUUGGUCUGACUGUGGCCCUCUCAGUGAACGUGACAAUGUUCAGCACACUCAGGUUUUUCGAAGGAUUUUGCCUGGCUGGGAUAAUCCUCACCUUGUAUGCUUUGCGAAUCGAACUCUGUCCUCCUGGCCAUCGGUUCAUAGUCGCCAUGGUGGCCAGCUUUGUAGCAAUGGCGGGGCAGUUCCUCAUGCCGGGCCUGGCCGCUCUCUGCAGGGACUGGCAAGUCCUGCAGGCCCUCAUCAUCUGCCCUUUCCUGCUGAUGCUUCUGUACUGGUCUAUUUUCCCAGAAUCCCUCCGGUGGCUGAUGGCCACCCAGCAGUAUGAGCCGGCAAAGAAGCUAAUACUUCACUUCACCCACAAGAACAGGAUGAACACCGAGGGGGAUAUCAAAGGGGUCAUGCCUGAGUUGGAGAAGGAGCUCUCUAGGAGGCCCAAGAAGGUCUGCAUUGUCAAGGUGGUGGGGACCAGGAAUCUGUGGAAGAACAUCGUAGUGCUGUGUGUCAACUCGCUAACUGGGUUUGGGAUACAUCACUGCUUUGCCAGGAGCAUGAUGGGCCACGAGACGAAGGUGAUGAUCCUCAACAACUUCUACGCUGACUACUAUACCAUGGCGGGCAUCACCUUGGCGUCCUGUCUGGCCAUGUGCCCGGUCGUCGGGUUCCUGGGGCGCAGGGGCGGCCUGCUGCUCUUCAUGAUCCUCACGGCCCUGGCCUCGCUCCUGCAGCUUGGCCUCCUCAACCUGAUUGGAAAAUACAGUCAUCAUCUAGACUCAGGGAUGACUGAAAGCGUCAGGGAGAAAUUCUCCACCACUUUUUCCAUUAUCGGUAUGUUUGCCUCCCAUGCGGUGGGAAGCCUCAGUGUUUUCUUCUGCGCAGAGAUCACGCCGACGGUGAUACGGUGCGGAGGUCUGGGCCUGGUGCUGGCCAGCGCCGGGUUCGGCAUGCUGACGGCCCCCAUCAUGGACCUCCACAACCAGAAAGGCUACUUCCUACACCAUGUGAUCUUCGCCUGCUGCACGCUCAUCUGCAUCAUCUGCAUCCUCCUCCUGCCCGAAAGCAAGAACCAAAACCUCCCCGAAAACAUCUUCAACGGCGAACACUACACCAGGCAGCCCCUCCUGCCCCACCGGAGGGGCGAGCAGCCCCUUCUGCCCACCACCUCGGAACUCAAGGAUUACUCGGGCCUCCACGAUGUGGUCGCUGUGGGUGACAGGCUGCCUGAUAACGCCACAGCCAAUGGCGUCAGAUCUAUGUAAACCCUUCCCCACCCCUCACUCCCACCACCGUGGCUUGUCCAGGGCAGAAGGGGGAGCACUUUGGGUUUUGAUGAUGAUGAUUAUUAUUUUUUAAUCCUUUUUGCACAGGUUUACAGACCAAUGAUGGAAAAGAUGGCUGGUGGGAGAGGGGAAAUUCAACCCUGCUGCUAAAGCCACUUAAUGGUAGAUUGACCAGAAGCAUGGAAAAAUUUCAGCUUUUUCUGAAAGCAGACAUAAUGCAAUUGAGAUGAAACUGGCUAGAGAUGACCCAUCAAAGACUUUCUUCUCUGCCAUUAAAUGUUUUUAUUUAUUUUGGUCAUUUUCACGAGAAGCACUUUAUGUCCGUUUCCUCUCAUUGAUCACUAAAACAAAGACACCAUCUCGCGAGGAGAGGCCGGGCCAUUCCAAGGAGGACCCUUUUCUUAAAAAAAAGACGAAACCCAAGAGAGCGCUCUCUGCUGUAAAAGACCACCAGAUAAGUGAGGAGUUACUUGCUCCCCUAUCUUAAAAAAAGCUCAAUUCCCCCAGGUCUCCUGCUGCGUGUGUGUGUAGAAAACACUAUUGUGAAUCAAAAACUGUGAGUGCAUUUUAGACCAGAGUAAAAUUUAAAAUUAAGGUUUCAAUAGUGAGUCCAUGUGAGGUUUUGAAACCAAAAAAAGAUUUUAAAAAAGCCCACCCAAGUUUUGUGUUUUUGUGUGUGUCAGAGCUUCCUAUUUCCUCCACUUGGUAAAGAAGCUCAUGAACCACACUAAGGUAGGCUCAGUCUUUCCUUCAGGAUCAUCUUUUAAUCCUUAAUAUUCAAAGCUCCUUUGGGAAACAUUUAAGCUUCUCAUGAAAUUCAGCAACCCUGAAGGACUAGAGGCAAUGUUACUCUUUUUCUGAAACCAUGUUUGCCUAUCAAAGCAUCAAGGUGGUAGAGGUGAUCUGCCAGUAGGAUUUAACUCAUUCCCGGGGGCAGGCCGGCCCAAAUCCCCACAUUUCCGAGUCAACCAUUCACAAAGCAGCUACUUUGUGAAUAGUAUUUAGGAAAAGAACCGGUACAUGAGCUGGACGUGGGGAGGAAACGGUUAUCCCCAAACACUACUGCUUGACUAUCCCGAUCCCUCACCCUGCAGAAAUGUUACCUCUUAAGAGUGAGUUGGAGAUUGCCUGGCCAGGCUGCUGACUAAGCCAGAGGACAGGAAGAAGUGGUGAAGUUAACAGCCGCCCAUUUUUAGCAUUUGUUGCUCCAGACCAGCAAAAGACGGGGAAGAAGAUGAAAAUCAAUGGUCCAAAUUGAACACUUUGUUUCCUGCGAUUUUCAAGUGCCCAUGCUGCUCCUGCUCCCUCUUGUUUUACGUAAUUAAAGCAUCAACAACCCCUUUUCCGAUUUCUGGAUUUAUCCCAUGCUUCAACAGCUUCUACACCAAGGCUGCCAAGGUCUGAACCAUCCCAUCCAAGCAGAGUUUAAAAUGGAGGUCUGGAAGCAGGAGUGUUUCCUUCCUGACAGUCUACAUUUUGCUUCCUCUUCAAGAAAUAAACUUCAGUUGACCGCUCGAAUUCACCUAUGUGACUUAAGCCAACUACCCCUCCCUUUUUCCUGAGAACUAAACUUCAGUAUCCUUGGUUCUUCCUUCACCAACACACAGAAGGAUCAACCUGGGGCCUGCUCCAGACAAGAAUCUUUCAAGCAGAGAUCAGACCUCUCCUCCCCAUUCCAACCCACCUCACGUACUAACGUUUUUCCAGAGAGCAGACCCAAACCUUUCAAUGAACAGAGUGACAAGGGGGAAUUCACAAGACUGCCCCUUUGCCGUGACUAUUAAAUAUGAAGAACCAGAUUGGACUACCUAAUUUCCAUCUAGGUGGCCUCUGACUGAUUGGUCAAUCACACAGGUAUUUAUUAGGUUAGCAGCAGCAGACUACAGCUGCUCUUCAGGGUCCAGGGAAGGGGAAAAAUUGAAAUGUCAAAAUACCAUGGGAAUGUGACCAGAAUAUCUUCCAUCUGUUGCCAUGGACAACUGAGGGCAACAGCUGCCUCUGGGUUCUUGCAAGUUCUGUAAGAAAUAAACACUGGACCAGUGGGAGAUGUAAGUACUAAGAAAAUCAUCAAAAUGUGAGAUAAUUUGCUACAUUACUGUUUUCCUCUGCUAGACUUCUCAGAGUCUGAUUGUCCUCUAGUGACUUGUACGGCUUAGUUGGGUCUCUUUUUGUUCCGUGUUCUGAUUCUUCCAUCCGCAUUCACCUUAAAAUAGGCCUUUAGACGGGUGCAGUCUUCACGUGCCAAACCUGUGAAAUACCUUUUGCCUUUUAUAAAAUUCAGUACAUGCUACGAGUCACAUAGCAGGGUGGGUGAGCCGCUUACAGAGCCCGAAAGUGAGCUCGAUUCAGAAAAGGCCUUGACCAGAGAGCACCACAAAAGGUAGGAGGGGGAGGGGGUCAGAGAGGGUUCUUAGGACUUGAGAUUGGAUAUACGCUACUCAUGCUCACCUGCAGCAUUGAUUCUACUCGCAGUCCAUUUACUGUGAACUAGGACUGUCGCUUAGCCAGCGUAGUCUGUGAACAUAUCGAGCUAUGGGAAGAUCCUUCUCUAAGUGGUUUGAGGUGGACUGGGUCGCGUUUCAGUACCUGUCAUUGUCAACCCUUUGUGAGCCCCAUGUAGGUCAGGGACUGGGUCCAACCUGUAUCUACCCCAGUGCUUGGCACAUAGUAAGCACUUAACAAGUACCUUUAGGAAAGGUUACAGGCCGCAGGAAUUUCUCUUCCAGAGUGGGCUCCCUAAUUCAAAACUAGCAACAGCAAACCACGAACAGACCCUGUGGUAGAAUGAAUGUUUAAAUCAUACUGACAAAAUGGGAUCGAUUCAGUAGGUGACCUGGGGGCAGGGGGAGGCAGGGAAGGGAUAUUUCUUUCCACUCCGGUCUCACUACUAAUGAACUAGACUUCCUAGGAAGCAGGUAAGUGGUUCUUAACAACAUGGUACCGCAUCCAGUUAGUGCGACCAUUACGGCUCCCUAGGGGUACAGACCACAGCUGAGAACAGAGUCUUAGUUGCCGACAGAAAGCUUUCGUGGAAAGCGGCUGUAGCGGAAAAGUUUUUGUGCGAGAUAUGUGGGUGGUCCAGCCAGCAGCUCAGUCUCCUCACCUGUUCUGCCCAGUUCUUUGUACGGACGGACGUCUGGCAGCUACCUAAUCACUGUCUAUCAAACUUGAAACUCCUCACUCCGUUUCCUUCACGGCUGGCACAGAGGAAACACUUCUCAGGCGCCUCAACCCCAUGUUCCCCAAGCCACCCAUCCCGGCUCCUUUCCCUCCAUGCACCUUUGGGUCUAUCCCAACCCAUCCCCAGGGGCUCAGUCUUACUUUCCUCUUAUGUCCUUAUUUUCUUUUCCGAAUCGUUCAAACAAAAUGUGAAGAGACAUUGGCAGGGUAACGCACGCUUCAUUUUUUUCUCCCCCCAUCGGCUUCCAGUUUCCAAUAGUACUUCUAUUGCCAAACAAACACUGUAAAUAACAAAACGCAAGACAGGGUAAGGAAAACCAGUGAUGAGUAUGCCGCUGUUUCCGAGAAGUCGUUCUGGUUUGACUCAGUAGGGCUGCGGGGGAGAGGGAGAGCCAGGGCCGUGGCGCAUUUUGGUCACUGACAGAAACAAACAAAAGGAAGAAUUUCCCCUCAUCACCACCACUUCCUAAAGCCAAACAAUACAAAGUCACCGAACUGGAAGCAGAAGUGCCAUUAAACGAACUUUGUGAAUGUUACAUCACGUGGCGCCUCUAGAUGGCACACAAGUGCCGGGAGCACUCCCGCACUUCAACUUUUUUAAGAUUAAAAACAACCUCAUUUUAAUGUAUUUGUGUAAAAUGUUUGGGAGAGGAGUACCUAGUGUGUUAUGUCUAGUUAAUGAGAAUCUCUGCCCCCUUCCCUCUCUUCCCCAUUUGUUUUUGAUGAAAUUCUAAUAAAGAAUUGUGUUACUGUUUGUUUUGACCAUGAUUAAUUAGUCUGGUGGUGCUUAACUCAUAGCACAAGCUUAAAUCAAGUACUGAAACUGUCUUACGAGCUAAAUGUCUGCAUGAUGUUACAUCUGUUGUACCUACUGAAACUUUGUAAAUGUACAGAAAUAAAAUCAUGCUGCCCAACUGGCACAAAACGUU